CAAAGCCAAAUCAGGCAUGUGCUGUAGAAAGCCUAUGAUAUGCGAAGCUUAGAUAGGCUACUUACCAAGGCCAGUACAGCCUGUCUUUGACAGAAACUCUGAGCUCGGGGGUUUCAGUCAAGUCAUUAUUCAUCCCGCGCUAUUCAUCCCGUCGUCCGUCCAUUUAAACCCUCGGGAGUCCCGUUCUUUAUCGUCCAAUAUCUCAGGAGAUUGUUUCAACUGUGUAGACAAUGAACUUUUUCAAGACCAAACCACGAACACCUCCUGAUAUCGUCCGUGGCUUGCGAGAUGCGAUACCCAAACUUGAAUCUGGGCCUCCAGGCAGUGAGACGAGGAGAAAGGCGGGUGAAGAAGUAUCUAGAAAUCUCCAGGCAAUAAAAGGUAUUCUAUAUGGUGAUGGAGGAGAGCCUUUGCCAGAACUCAUUGCGCAACUCGCACAAGAAACGUAUUCCACAGACCUACUCCUCCUGCUCGUGCAGAAUAUCGCAAAGUUCGACUUUGAGGCUCGAAAGGACGUCGUCCAGAUAUUCAACAAUCUUCUCCGGCGUCAAAUCGGGGCACGGUUACCAACGGUGGAAUACAUAUGCGCUAGGCAUGAAGACGUUAUCUUUGCAGCUCUGGAAGGAUAUAGUAAUGAAGAGGUUGCAUUGAACACGGGAAUGGUCUUAAGGGAGAUGUUGCGACACGAACAGUUGGCGAAGAUUUUGCUCUAUUCUGAACAGUUCUACAUGUUUCCUCAUCAUAUAGAGACGACAUCGUUUGGAGUUUCAUGCGACGCAUUUGCAAAUCUCAAAGAGACAUUAACACGGCACAAACCUAUGGUCGCGGAAUACUUGGACAAGAACUAUGAUCGUUUUUUCGCCUCUUUUACAACUCUUUUACUUUCCAACAAUUAUGUUACCAAGCGCCAGUCUCUCAAGCUCCUCGGCGAAAUCCUCCUUGAUCGUGCCAAUUUCAGCGUCAUGACCAGAUACAUCGCUCAAGAAUCCAACCUGAAGAUGAUGAUGAACAUGCUUCGGGACAAGAGCAAGAAUAUCCAGUUCGAAGCUUUCCACGUUUUUAAAGUAUUUGUUGCCAAUCCAAAGAAACCACCUCAGAUUGAAACGAUACUAAGGCGCAACAAGGAGAAAUUGCUGACUUUCUUGAGGACCUUCCACAACGAUAAGGAGGACGAACAGUUCAGCGUGAGUAUUCAUCGACCGCUUAAAGUACUUUCACUUCCUACUGAUAUCCUACGACUUAUCAGGACGAGAAGCAAUUCCUUAUCGUGCAGAUACAGAACCUGUGACGCUGGACGUCCUUAUAUUGUCUCUUUUUCCCCUUUGGAGAGCAUCACCUUGUGAUGCACAUACCGUGGUCCCUGUCAUUUCCGGUUGAAUAUUUGUAGCACUCCGCAACUUCCAGUCCCUACCAAUAAUCCUCUGAGCGAUAUUGGCCUCUCAUGGAGGUUCAUAAUCUCGCCACCUACUGCUGCAUUAUAAUGCACGUAUCGCUGCAAUUCUGUACAUAACUGAUCUACAAGCCAGUUGUACUUCUACAUUCAAUGUUAUCCAACGUGGGUUGUUGUUGGAGGUGCUUGACACCGAUGAAGGACUCGGUGUUUGUUCAGUCACUAUAUCCAGUAAGUACUAUGACGAAGCUAAUUUUGGUCCUGACAGGCUCUGGUUGGGGCACUAUGAUAUAUCCCGAUAUAAUGAGGUUAUCGUAGUGCAUGUUUGCGACUUAUCCCGGAGAUUAUAUUAUCAGCAAACUUUUAGGUUGCAGAGGUACUUGGAACUACCACAA